UUACCUAGCCGCGUUGAACAUGGAGACCAGCGUGAGGAGGGAGGUGAUGGUGAGGGUCAUUCUGCCCGGCACUGCACGCGGCGGCACCAGGAAGGAGAGCCAGGACACCAUCACCACGAGGGCCGACGGCAGUUUCCAGGGUGAGAUUGCGCGGGAAAUGGCUGUGUUGGGCUGCAUGGCUCCUGCACCGCCAGCCCGCCCGCUCGUAUAGUGAGGCCGCAGCCGCCACCGAGGAAGGGCGUACGCCGCUCGCUGCACCGCCCCUUUGACUACCUUGUGAGACGGAGAGACAGCCAGCGAGCCAGAGCACACGCACACGAGUACAGGACGAGACCAGGAGACCGCGGGGCAUCACAGAGGAGAGACCGAGUGGAGAGAAACGAAGAGAGGAAGGAGAGAUAACAAGAGAGGAGGGUGAGAAAGAGAGAGCGAGAGUGAGAGAAUCCCGCUGACCCACACAAGACUAGGUCACUCUUCCUCCUCCUCCUCCUCGUCCACUCCUCCUCCUCUUCCUCCUCCUCCUUCGGGUUUCAGAGGAGAGUGAGGAGCCCUUGGGAGGAGGUGCAGGAUAGACUCUCCUUCCUCCUCCACUCCUUCAGUCUCUCCUUCACUCCUACCUCCUCUUCCUCCUCCUCCUCCUCGGCAAUAUGGAGGACGCAGUCGCCACCGCCGCCGCCGCUGCUCUCCUUCACUCACUGAAAACGUACACACACACCUGCUGAGAAACGUACAUGGACUUACACACCUGCUAACGGACACACGAACUCACAUACAAAUCUACGGACACUGACAUCGGCGUUUGGUUACGUUCGAAGCUUCAAAUUAACUGAACCACUUGACUGAACCAGAAACGACUGACUGAAAGAAAACGUGAAAAGAACUAAAUUAAAUCUCCCCACUGAACCAUCGAACCAUCAACUGAAGCUCCGAAAACACAAGUGAACCCUCGACUGAAGCCUUGACUGAAGAUUCACACUGCUGAUUCACCUGCUAUGGGUCUCCUGCUUCUGCUGCUCCCCCCGCUGACUCCCCGCAGCUAAUACCAUGGUGCGGUGGGCGGCUGUGGUGGUGGCGUGGGCGUGCCUGGGGGCGGAGGGCGUGCUGGGGGCGUGCACCGUGGCAGAGUUCCCGUGCAAGAACCGCCAGUGUGUUCGUCUUGACCGGUACUGUGACGGGCACCCGGACUGUGACGAUGGCAGCGACGAGCCCCCAAGCUGCACCCCCUGCAACAGGACCUACUACGGCAGGAUGGGCUCCACCUACACGCUGCAGGUGCAUCGGCCGCACGAGACGAGCCUCCCGCACUUCUGCCAACUCACCUUCAUCGCUUCCAGGGACCUUUACGGCGACCUGGUGCAGCUCAGCAUCGAGAAAUUCAGCGUUGGAAGGUUCAUGUCCCACACCAAGGAGGGCUGCCCGGACGGCCACAUGCAGAUCGAGGAGCUGAGUCGGCCCCAGAACAGCGGCUUCUGGUGCGGCACGUCCUGGGGCCACAACGUCUACUACUCGGAGACCACGGCCGUCACGCUCAUGCUGAGGGUCUUCAACCUGACCUCGCUGCCGCAGGACCGUCAGAACCCCGCUACCUUCCAGCCGCAAGACACGGUCAUGCUGCGCCUCUCCUACCGGUUCUUGCGGAAGGAGCGAGCGGUGCUGCGCUACGGCCCGCCCUACAAGACCAGCUACCGCGGCGAGGACCUCUCCAACUCCUUCUGUGACAAGUACUUCGAGAACUGUGACAAGCGGAACUGCAAGAUCCAGUCACCCAACUUCCCCGGCAUGUACCCGCGCAACCUGACCUGCUUCUACCGCGUGCGCCAGACCCACGUGCCGGAGGGCAAGGUGGCGCUGGUGUCGGUGCUACAGCGCAACCCGCACCUCAUCUACAUCAAGGACCGCAACGCGCCGCACCUGUCCCGCGAGCAGCGCCUGGAGGUGGGCGCCACCUGCCACGAGAUCCACGACUACCUGGUGGUCUACGACGGCGACACGACGCGCGCGCCGGUGCUGGCCAAGGUCUGCAAGGGCGGCACGCAGCUGUCCCGCGUCACGGCCAGCGGCUCCGAGAUGCUGCUGCUCUUCCGCGUCUCGCCCUUCGACUUUCCCUUCCAGGACUCGCCGCGCCGCCACAUCUUCGGCUUCGAACUGGACGUGGAGGUGGAAUUCGUGGAGAAGGAGAGCACGGCGUACGUGCGGCGAGGCGGCGAGUGUGAGUACGAGAAGAAGAGCAGCGGGCAGCGCAGCGGGUACGUGCAGGCGGCGGCCCACUCGCUGCUGGCCAACACGACGUGCACGUGGCGCCUGCGCGCGGGGCCCAGCGAGGUGGUGUGGCUCUACUUCCUUCACUUCCGCCACGUGCAACACCCGGAGAUGCCGCGCCCCGCCCAGUGCCCCAACACCCUCACCAUCUACAGCGGCACCGGCCCCCCCGCCACCACCCUCAACGGCGCCCCCGCCAACGACUCGCUGCUGCUCGGGCAGUUCUGCAAACCCGACAAGCUGCCGCGCGUGUGUGGCGGCGUUCAUGCGCCAGGGCCCUACUCGGCGCCGUGCGCGCCCCACGACAGUUACGUGUCCACGCUGCCCGCCAUGACGCUAACGCUGCGCUACGCCGCGGGCACCACGCCCUCGCACGUGGAGUUCCUGGCGCGCUACGAGUUCGUGGACACACGGCAGUGGGGAGACCCGGCCCCGGGGGGCGGCCCCUGCGACAGGGUGUUCAACGUGCGGCCUGACCGGCUGUUCGCCUCGCCCAGGGAUGUGUUUCUCUUCGGCCGUGGCGGCUCGCGGCGGUUGCGCUGCGUCUACACCUUCGAGGUGGGGCCGCGGCAACGCGUGUCGCUGCGGCUACUGCGGGCCAGGAUGGGCCCCUCCUGCAGCACGAUGUACCGCAACGCCUCGCGCCGCCACGAGUGUUCCCACGGCGGCGCCGCGGGCCAGCCGUCCAUCACGCUGGAGGAGGAGCCGUGGCCCGGCGUGCCCCUGCAGCGGGCCUGCCUCUGCAACGUGUCCCACGGGCGGCCCUUCAGCCUGGUGUCCUACACGGGCCGCCUCAAGCUCACCUUCUCCGUGCCGGACAUGACGCCGGCGCAGGACUACAACCACUUCUACUUCGAGGGCGAGUACUCGGUGGUGGCCGAGCCGCCCGAGGUGACGCGCAGCUGCAACCAGUCCGCGCGCCUCCUGCACGGCGCCUUCGGGAACUUCACGGUGGGCGCGGGGCGCGGCGACCUGUGCGCCAGCCUCCCGCGCCUCAUCCGCGCCGCCGACGCCUCCUUCCUGUUCAUGCGCGUGCGUGGCUUCGAGGCCUCGCUGGACAACUGCCGCGUGGCCUCGCGCAUCAACGUUUUCGCGGCGGGCGGCGUGACGCCCCUGGCCUCGGUGUGCCCCGAGCGGCGGGAUGUCUUCACCAACAUCUUCAGCAGCGGCUGGGACCACUUCGACUUCCGCUUCCAGGACCAAGACUUGUUCUGGGGGAACCUGACGCUGGGCGCCGCCGCCACCACCACCGCCACCACCGCCGUUUUAACCACCACCGGUGACGAGUUCGGCUCCACCGGCACUGGCCUCACCACCCCCACGACCUCCACCACCACCACUGCCACCACAACAACGACAACGCCCACCACCACCUCCACCUCCACCACCACUUUUUCCUCCCUGCCUGGCCUCGCCGCCUCCCCCACUCCCACCACCACCACCGAGACACCUUUACGUCUCCAGUCACGUGACCUUCUAGUGGAAUACGUCGGGAACUACUCCGGCAGCUUCCUGGUGACGUGGGUGUCGCUGUGGCGGCCGCUGCGCGCCGAGGCGCUGGUGUCCGUGGCUGCGGACCCUUGUCCGCACGGCUGCUACGACAUUGGGGCGUGUCUGCCCCAGGAGCUGUGGUGCGACGGCAUCCCUCACUGCCCCACGGGCCAGGACGAGGGCGCCACGGCGUGCGGACUGCUGACGGCGCUGCCCUGGGUGUAUAUGGCCGCGUUGAGCGUGCUGCUGCUGUCAAUGGUGGCGCUCUUCGUGGCCGUGGUGGCACACAAGCGGCAAGUGUACAUGCAGAAGGCCGUGGCGGAGGCGGCGGCGGCGGCCAUCAACAACGGCACCAGCCUGAAGGGCGGCACGGACCUGCUGCUGCCGCCCGCCGACACCUGGUGACAUCGCGCCCCCGUCGGCGACGACCUGGUGUGUGUCGACUACGAGACCACCGUGUGAGUCGCCGAGGGGGACCAGCGAUGCCGCCACCACUACCACUGCUCCGCUCUGCUCCGUGUGUGUGUGUGUGUGUGUGUGUGUUAACUAUACCAAUAUUAUGUGAAACGACCUUCUGUCUGCCGCGCGGACUUCUACUCCACGACGUUGCUUGUGUGUGUGUGUGUGUGUGUGUGUGUGUGUGUGUGUGUGUGUGUGUGUAUACAUGCACUGCCGAUACCAUGUUGCUUUAGGUCAUGUGUGUCUGUCUGUCCGUCAGUCAGUCGGUUCGUUCGUCUGUGUGUUGAUGUGAAUAUGUACAAAGUUGUUAUAGAUGUGUAAAAUAUUUAGGUGCUGCCGGGGGCGGGGCGGGACGGGGCGGGGCGGGGGAGGAGGAGUGAGUGCCAUGUCAAACCACCCCAUCCACCUCCUCCACCCCACCCCUUCCCCACCCCUCCCCGCCGCCUCUCCCCAAAACCCAUUAGUAGACGGUAAAUACAGACCAUUCCCCCUUCCCCUCCCCCCUUCCUACCCCCCUCCCCCCCUUUACCGUCAUCCCCAGGCCCCCCAGAUGGAUAUAGAUCAAGUAUUAUUAAUAUUACUUCCGGUGAUAUUACACUGUUCAAGUUUUAGAUGAUGAUGAUUAUAAUGAAGCGUGUGUGUGUGUGUGUGUGUGUGUGUGUGUGUGUGUGUGUGUGUGUGUGUACGUUUUUCUUCCCUCCUUUGGGAUAUUUGUACAUUUUAUAUUUGAUAAUAAAACUGACAAAAGAG